AUGUCUCCUCCAUAUGCGCCCCGUUCUGCCUACUAUGACGGCAAGAUCCAAUCGGGAUCUUCUGCAUCCUCGUUUCAGACAAUUAAUCCCGCAACGGCAGAGCCAGUCGCAAACAUCCAUACGACCACGCCCGCUGGCAUAGACGCGGCCAUAGCAUCUGCACACAAAGCCUUUCCAGCUUGGUCAGCAACACCACCAAUCGAACGCGCCCGUAUCCUGCAACGAGCAGCAGCCAUACUCCGCGCCCGAAACGAUGAACUGGCGCGAAUCGAGACGAGCGAUACCGGAAAGCCUUUCUCCGAGACUUCCACAGUCGAUAUAGUAACUGGCGCUGAUGUCCUCGAAUACUUUGCAAACCUGGUGGGAGGAGGUGGCAUGAACGGCGAGACGGCACAGUUACGACCAGAUGCGUGGGUAUACACAACCAAGAACGCGCUGGGUGUUUGCGCAGGCAUUGGAGCGUGGAACUACCCUAUCCAGAUCGCUCUCUGGAAGUCAGCGCCGUGUCUGGCUGCAGGCAAUUGCAUGGUCUACAAGCCGUCAGAGUUCACACCACUUCACUCUACCGUUCUAGCAGACAUUUACGCGGAAGCUGGCGUACCGGCUGGUGUUUUCAACGUAGUCCAGGGCGGCGGCGACGUCGGCGCAUACCUCACCAAGCAUUCUGGUAUCGCCAAGGUCAGCUUUACUGGACAAGUAUCAACCGGUAAGAAGGUGGCCGGCAGCGCCUCGGGGGAGAUGAAGUACGUCACAAUGGAGCUGGGCGGCAAGUCCGCGUGUGUGAUCCUACCAGACGCCGACGUAGACCAAGCAGUCGACGGCGCCAUGUUGGCCAACUUCUUCUCCACCGGCCAAGUCUGCACCAACGGCACACGAGUCUUCAUCCCUGAAGCCAUGAAGCCCGAGUUUGAAAAGCGAUUACUAGAAAAGAUCCAAUACGUCCGCCCCGGCGAUCUCUACGACAUGAACACCAACUUCGGCCCUCUCGUAUCAAAGCCCCACUACGAAAAGGUCGUGUCCUACAUCAAGCACGGCAUCGAAAACGACAAGGCGAAGCUACUCUGCGGCGGCCCCGAGACACCAUUAUGGCUCGCAUCCCACAGCAACAAAGCCUACCAAAACGGCUACUGGGUCCAACCCACCAUCUUCACAAACUGCACCGACGACAUGAAGAUUGUACGCGAGGAAAUCUUCGGCCCCGUCAUGUCCAUCCUCAGCUACAAGACCAUUGAUGAAGUCAUCCGCCGUGCAAACAACACAGAUGUCGGUCUCGCCGCUGGUGUCUUUACAAAAGACAUCAACCUCGCACACAAGGUCAUCGCACAGCUAGAGGCGGGUAUCACGUGGGUGAACACGUGGGGCGAGAGUCCAGCUGAAAUGAGCGUCGGCGGCUGGAAGCAGAGUGGUGUUGGUGUGGAGAAUGGUAAGAAGGGACUGGAAGCUUGGGUUAGGAAUAAGAGUACGCUGGUGGAGAUGGGUGGGGCUGUGCCUACCGUUUUCGCCAAGUUGUAGUCGGAGUGGGUGGAGGAGGCGAUACUGUGUGUUGUUGCGUGCACGCAAGCUGUGGAGCUUGUAGUCGCGACAUUAAGAUAUGUAUUGAUUAAUAACAGUGACCCUAGAGCUUCUACUUAGUUACCCAUACAGCAAAAACAGCAAAUAUGCUAUGAAUCUACGCCCAGCUUUAGUGCACUGCACUGGAAAAA